AUGCGAUGCCACGAGCUAAGCGGGCGCCACGACGAAGCCAUGAAACGGCAGCGAACGCUCAUGGCAGAGAUUGAGAAGCAGAAGGGGAUCGACGACUUCGCCAACAGCGACAAGGACGGGGCGCGGCUGACCCGUCUCAUGCGCGGCGUGGAGUUCAUCUGCGACCACGACGCACCAAUCGCGAUGUUCCCGAAGCUCAAAGGUUUCCUCGCGGAGGAGGGUGUCGAGUACAUCCCGUUUCAGUCCUAUGGCGUGUACAUCACACAGUAA